GAAUGCUCGAGAUCAGUUGGUCUCCGCCUGUCUUUUUUAAAUGCCAACCGUCACGCCUCAACCGUUACAUGGGAAAUAAACAGGGACAUUUUGAUAAUGCGUAACGAUUUUUACACCGCGAGAAUAUUCUGAAUUUAGUUUUUUGUCGUGUGUGUAUGUGUGUGUAGUGCUAUUUGACUUGAGGCAUGGAGCUUGACCGGCAGUUGUUGCUGGCCCACUUCGCCGCCCACACCCUGUCGGUGCUGGCGGGGCUGCUGGUGGUCGUCCCGAUGGCCCUAAACGGCUCCGCGUUUAAAGGCCGCUGCGCCCUCUUCUCCACCGGCUACUGGAGGACCGAGAACCAGACCGAGCUGACGGGUCAGCCUGGAGAUGUUUCCCACCUGGUGGUGCAGCAGUGGGGGCCGCCGGCUGCGUGCCAGUUCGCCACUUUCGUCGGUAUCUUCACGGUGCUGUACGGGGCGGCGCAGGGCUGGAGGAGCCUCUUCUAUCUGCACGGCCGGCACGACGACACCCUGUUCUCAUCCUUCCUGACGGUGUUGCUGAGUCUGUGUGUGCUCUUCCUGUCUGGAGGGGCCAGCGUCACCCUGUCUAUGGGCCUGGCCUCCUGGUGUGACACCGUUACCGAUGACAACACACGGCCAUACAGCUGCUCUGAGUCCCAGUCUGUGCCGCUUUACCUGGAUGUGGACACCUCUUCUUUCUACACACAGCUCACUCUGGCACAGGCGGCUCUGUGGUGUGUGACAGCUCUGUGGUUGACCCAGUCCAUCCUGUCCUUCCUGCGCCUCUACCAUUCUCACAGCCAGCACAUCAGUGGACCUUGUCUUCCCCGGGAGAAGGAGCUGCUGCUGGGACACACUCCCACUGACCGCUCCCCCUCACCACCACACUGUGUGGCAACACCCACCAUCUUAAUCUGAUAGGUUGUCCUAUCAGGAGAGCCACAUUAUACAUGCUAAAUUCAACAGUGCUGGUUUGAGUAGGCAUUAAAACAAACAAUAUAAUUACUUAUCUGCAAUGACUGAUCUAGACUGGAACAAUGAAGCCAAAUGAAUUUCCCCAAAAGAUGAAACUUUGCCAACUGUGCACUUCGGGAAGCACAUAGUCGAUGGAAUCAAAAGGAUUCCAGUGAAUAACUGAGCCAGGAUGAAUGCAGAAUUUACAAAGAUACAUUUCACUGCUCAAUCUAAAUUCUGUUUCAAAACCUCAAAUCUGAACAAAUGAUUAUUGCCUUCAUCAUAUAUCAUGUUCGCUUUCUAAGGUUUUUACCAUUUCUUGUAGAGUAUGGACAUCUAGCUUGUAUGUUUAAGAACAUAAUAGUUUACACAUUGUAUCAUGUUAGUAUUCAGACCUCAUUACAGUCCUAUAAAAGACAAGGUACCCUCCCAAACCUGCAUGGUACUGUCUCCCCAGGUUACAACCAACUGUGAUGCCAAAACUUUGAUUCUUCUUCAGGUAAAAAGGGAUUUAAUGGAAGAGGCAGAGAACUGAUCAGUUGAAGGAGUAGUAUUCAGUGAUCCAGUGACCAGUGUUAUUCAGAAGCUCAUGCUUAUCCAUGCCACUUGACAGUCACAGUGACUUUGUGAUUUUUGCGCAUUAUGUUUACAUAAUUGACGACACCACAUGCUACCAGUUGCCUUAGGUCGCUGUACUUAUGGUGUUUUUCUUCUAGUCAGUGUUGAACUUGUAAUAUGCAUGGUUGUAAAUUGUUCUGCUGGAUGAUAUUUUGCAUGGAUGUCUUCUGAGAGCCUGUUGACGGGGAGAAUACACUUUUGUUUACUGUUCUGAGUGUGAUAUUCAGAUGUAGCACUGAAGCGCUUUCAUUGUAAAGCAUGUGGUGAGAUUGUGUGACUGAGCCACUAUGUUACUGAAACUGGCUCACCAUGUGAGCAUGACUUGAAUGUUGUGUUACGUAAUGGAAACCACUGUCUCCUCUCUGGUGAAGAUUUCCAGAAUGAUGCCAUGUGCGUGGAUGCAGCUGCUCGUAGGGCGUCGCAGAAAGCAGUCAAAUCUACUUGAAAUGAUCCAUCUAGACUCUAAGAUUUAUCUCUUGCAGUUUGGAGAACAAGAGCUGAACUUUGAGCAGUCAAGGGAAGUUUUGUUAAUGAUGAAGAUUUGUGCUGAGCCAAAAAGGGUCAGUGGAAGGGGAACAUAAAGGGAACAAUCCUAACUUUGCUGAGCCAAAAAGUCAUGAUCCAAAGUUGUUGUUUCUAUCUGUCUUCUUACCUUUGAACCAAGCAGUUGUAAUGGCACACAGAUGGUGGAACAAGAAAUCUGAAGUAAAGAGAGAUGAGUAUUGAUACAGUAUUGUCACUGAAUGGAAAUGUAAUUUCUGAUGUUUUGUAUUAUAACUUAUGGUGUUGCUUUUUUACCACUUAUGCUUGUUUUGUGCUCAUGUAUAAUCCUGUUUUUGUUUUUUGUUUUUUGUUGUUUUUUUUUUGCAUUUGUCUGUCCAAUAAAAACCUUAUUGUGAAAGGA